AUGACACCCAGCUCUGAUGAUGUCCAUCGAAUGAUGGACGAAAACUCAGCACGUUUUCACCCGAAACGAGGGAAGAAGUCUCGUGGACUGCGUCAACAUGAACGCCAAACUGCUGCAUCGCAACAGGAUUCAUCCGUCCUCAUCGGGUGGGAUCGACCAACGAGUCUCUUAUUCAUUCACUUUCAUACAAAACAAAAGUCCCCCUAA